CAAUGGAAAGGAUCACGAUUGAACCAUCUGACAAGACUGUUCCACAAGAGGUCGGUUUGAUGACUAUGAUGAGCAGAGGUCCGAAGGUUCCUCAAGUAAUACAGCUGCUGGACUGGUAUGAGGCACCAGACCAAUACAUACUGGUGCUAGAGCAUCCCAAAUCAGCUGUGAGCCUGGACCAGUUUGUAUCCUCUUGCGGGAACAAAAUGAGCGAAGCGAAAGCACGAGUGGUGAUGCACCAGGUGAUCACUGCUGCCAACGCAUGCUGCGAAAGGGGAGUCUACAAUAACAUCAAGCUGGAGAGCCUGCUCAUCAACCCCCACACCUUGCAGGUCAAACUGAUGGACUUUGGCACAGGAAGCCGCAUGAAGGACACUGGCUAUAAAACAUUUUGGGGCUCAAGGGCUUGUAUUCCCCCGGAGUUCUAUCAGAAGGGAAGGUUCCACGCCAAGCCUGCAAUCGUGUACUCUUUAGGCAAACUGUUGUUCAGGAUGCUGUGUGGACGCUACCCUCAUAUGGAGCUCCACAAGAUUGUCAAAAGAACCUGGCAGCCUGAAGACCUAUCCAAAGAAGCCGUAGAUCUGAUCUGCUCGUGUCUGCAGAGUAAGCCAGACAAGCGGCUUUCACUUGACGAGAUCCUUCACCAGAGGUGGUUCCAGGUCUUCAUCCUGAAGCCAAACAACAGACGAAAAGAUUAAAAAGAUCAGAACAUCCAGCCUCAUCAUCCAGCCGUCAACACCAAACUUCUCCUCUUCAUCGAUCCACUAACACCGAACUCCUCCUCUUCAUCCAGCCGCUAACACUAAGCUCCUCUUUUAUAUUCAGCCAGAAACUCUGUCAAGCCACGAACAUGGGGCAGUUUGUGGCUUUUCGAAGAGAAAAAGCUGAAUGGGGCUGGUGUUUGUGGUUGUGUGGGAAGGAGGAGCUGUUUGGGGCUGGUGUUUGUGGUUUGAUAAAGAGGAGGAGCUGAAGGGGGCCGGCGUUUGUAUCUGGAUGAAGAGA